UUGAGAUAAAGAAAUGUGAUUGAUGUAGGCCUAUAGAAUUAGAAGGAAGUGUUACAAUUAUAUGGGGCAACGUGGGCAUUAUGAGUAGGUGGCGGUCUCUCACAACUGUGUUUUGGGUUCAUUUAAAUGUGUCUUCUGCGCGCGCCACACGUGCGUAAACAUCAUGCAAAUCCCGUUCCACCUACUCCCUCGACGAGAAGAACACACCUCGCUCGUCCAGUUUUAAGACAAAGACUGAUUUGUCCUUCGUGGGAUCUACUUUGUACAGACGACAAACUACGACAAUUGGAUUGGAAUGGACAAGAAAAGUGAAAUACAUUCGACGAAAUGGACACAGGACACACUGUAAAAACAACUAGUUGGAGUAAAAAAGAGGAAGAACUUGUGACGACGAGUAUGCUCUCCAGUAACAGCUGCCCUGUGUGUGUAAAGCCUGCAAGAGAAUACUCCGGUCGAUGUGCAUGGUUCCCGUAGCCCAAAAAGUCAUCUGAGGUAAAUGCACCCCUGCCUGCCCGUGGAGCUGCGAUUGAAACGGAAAAGACAAAGCGUGGUGUCCAUGCUUAGCGAGUGCAAUUUAAAGCAAUAAGAUCAGCAUCUAAUGGGAGUCGGUGCUGAGCGCAAACCUGCAUCCCGUCCCUUUAAAAACCGAGUUUUAUCGGAAGGGAGGGGGAGUGGGUCAUUGAGUUCAUUCUGCGCUUCAUAGAAGCAGCGCCCUCUAAAGAGACCCAGUAUUGGAUGAAUUUUCUCUGGCUUCUUUCAUCCGCCUUGCAGGGAUAAUUGUCAGUUCAUUGCAAACGGGAAAAAAUAACCAAAGCUAAAUUACUAUGCUUGAGAUUCGGUGUGAAGUCCAGGACUGCGCUUGACCUUUAUUUCAGGACAGUGGCUUUGAUCAGCUGAUGCCUCUGGUAGCCGGGUAGUAGCUGCCAUUUUCAGGUCAAUCGAGGUAUCUUUCAAACUUGUCGCGAAGCUUAAGAUGGCAAGCUGAAUAAUUGAAUGUGCACCGAAUCGACAGCUCGAUACUGGAUGGAAAUGGGGAGGAAUACGUCUCGUCUUCUGCUCGCUGGUGGUAUAAUUUGAGUUACAAUGGCUGAUACGAGAGGGAUGGAAAGGGGCAGACUACGGAUUACAUCAGAUUCCUCUCCUCGAGGCGCAUAUCCACCACAGCAGUACAUUCACCCUGGCAGUCAGCAGCAGGGCAUAGACAUUCAAGAGCUUGCCUCAAAGCGAGUCGACAUUCAGAAGAAGCGCUUUUAUUUGGAUGUGAAGCAGAGCGCACGGGGGCGAUUCCUCAAAAUUGCCGAGGUCUGGAUUGGGAGAGGUAGACAUGAUAACAUCCGAAAGAGCAAACUGACGCUCUCCAUGUCCAUGGCACCCGACCUGAGGUACUGCCUUGGAGACUUCAUAGAUUAUUACGCGCACAUUGGGCUGCGCGGUGGCCAGGUGCCACGACCAGAGGAGCAGAGCAACGGGCAGAGCCGUGCACAUGAUCCCCGGAGAAGGCAGCAGGAUCACCCACUGCCAUUGUCUCCCACUGGCUCAGCAGCGUCCACCGAGGAGCACACGCACCGCGUUCUGAAAAGUGAAUUAAUUGAGCGAGAGAACCGCAAGUACUAUCUGGACCUGAAGGAGAACCAACGGGGCCGGUUUCUGCGCAUCCGUCAGAUUGUCAGCAGAGGCCAUGGCACCAUGGGAUACUACGGGCAAGGGAUGGAACAGACUAUAGUUCUGCCAGCGCAAGGGCUCAUCGAGUUCAGAGAUGCCCUCUCUCAGCUGAUAGAGGACUACGGCGACGAGGAGACGGAUGAGCGUAGCAGGGUUGCCAGGAACCACGAAGAGUCCCCCGAGCUUCCAGAGGCGGCAUCUUUCCGGGUUGACAACAAGCGCUUCUAUUUCGACGUCGGCUCCAACAGGUACGGGGUGUUUCUAAAGAUCAGCGAGGUCCGACAGCCAUACCGUAACACCAUCACCGUGCCGUUGAAAGCCUGGGCCAGGUUUGGAGAGAACUUCAUUAGGUACGAGGAGGAGAUGCGGCGGAUUUUCACGUGUCACAAAGAGAAGAGGACUGAAGCUCACGCGGACAGUGAAGAACAAGAGGAUUGAGUCGACGGAGGUCGCUGACAUCACACAUUAACCUCUAGUUUAUACAAUAUCUCUUUUCACAUGAUUUACCUCUCAAUCUGUACUGUAUAAAACUGUUAUUUUAGACUUAUUUUAGCCUGUAGGUCAGUUUAAAGUGUAUCUGAAUGAGCAAGCCCCCACAGGGUAAACCUCCCAGACUUAAAAUGACCCAGACCAUGAUGCAGGGAUCUGGGCACACAUUGGAGCAGAGAAUAUUUCACACAGUGGGUAACAUUACCUCAGAAAAGAAACGAAGAAAAUGCCCCCAUGCAGUCACAUUGAUUAGGCCUAGCUAUUAAAAUAACAUAUAGGCACUGAUGGUGUCAGGGCAAACGUGUAUUAUUCUGCAACCAUCACUAGUAGCAGUGAUAUGGAUACACAGAGUGCCAAGGUUGGCGUUAUAAAACUGGGAUAGACUGCCCCAUGCGGAUGCUCGUGCAUCAUGCCAACCAAGCCAACAAGUUCAACUUAGGUCACAGCAGGCAGGCGGGCACCCAGCCCUUGCGAUAUAUAGCAAAUAGGAGAAUGACACAGUAAUAAUGAGCAGAUGUCGAUGUAAAGAGGAAGGUUGGUUGGUCAGUGGUGAAAUCUAUAUGCCUUUUGUCACUCUGCUGCUAUUUCAAACGAUAGAGACCUGCAGGCCAGAGGUAGUUUAUGGGGGGUUAGAAACAGGCUGGCACACCAUACGUAAGUAUGUGAACACUACUGAUGAGAUGAACAUAGUCUGUCUUUUAUAGCCUUAAAAAUCUGCUUUUGGUGGCAUGACGUGCGUCUCCCUCGACUAAACAUCGCAAAGCCUUCUUCUUAUACUAUACAAUUUGGUGACUUGAAAAAGCAAUGUGAUUUCUUUUGUUUGCCCCUUAAAAAGCCAUGACAAUUUAUUUGGCUGUGGAAACUGUCUAAAUGUACAGGACGGCUGUUUGGUUUGGUGGUCGGUUUGGGAUGGGUGGGCUUGAAGGGUUGGGGAGGGUGAGGGUGAGGGUGGGGUUAAAACAUAGUUGGCAAACUCAUGUGCAAUGUUUGAGAUGGGGGAAUAUUUGCCCAUUCUCUCAAUUUAGCUGAAAAGCCAAUGACUGAAAAAACAAAUACUCACAACAUUUAACCUACCUGUCUGUUUAAAAUCAUGCCAAAGCAUGAUCCAUACACAUGCAGUUUAAUUUAAGCAACACCAAAUUGCUGAUCUGUAGUAAACUAUUAACCUUUUUCAAGGUUGCUGUGACAUACUUUUGUUGCAUAAGAUCGUAGGCCCUCAUAUUUUAAUUUUUAUACUCUCCCAAAAAGCAAAUGUUCUCCCAUGUAACAGCAUCAUGACACCAUCGAGGCAACAGCGACACAAAGCCUUCCCACCAGGUUACUGGUAUGUUAGUGGGGCACCACAUGCAACGCAAGGGGGAUUUACAGUGCUUAAACCAAUCCUGGAGGGCAUUAUACAAUUACUCUGAUUGAGAAGGUUUGUGUGGGCUGAUUUGUCCACAAGGUUUUGGGAGUGACAGUUGUUCUGUUCCCUACUACAGUAUGUCGUCCAACGAUCACAUUUUUCGCCCGAUCUUAUUCAUUUUAUUUUUUUAUUUUUUUUAAGUGACGAAACCCAAUGACUGCAAGGCCCCGUAGUUUUAUGAAUUUCAAAAGAAUGCUCGUUU